AAUCUCAGGUAUGUUUUAAGUUUUAACAGACUGAAGUAGUAUCCUUUUGUUGUAACAAGUAAGGCAAAGAGAGAGGGGAAAUGGUUGGUUCAGCUUUCCCACAACCAUUGUGGUUCAGUGUAUCGGAGGUGGGCCCCGCACCCACAAGCCUCAGUCUGAUAACCACCGCAGGUUGUUUCCACCUCGGCCACCUUCUCCAACACCGUGUCAGUCACCAGCUCCGCCUCGGGUUUCUUUUUCAUUCCUCCUCCUCUUGCUUCUUCAAGAAACUCUCUCGUCUUGGUCAUGUGCCUAGAUUGAAGGAUGUGUGGUGUGAAAAAGACCUCCAAUUCAAGGAAUUUAAUUUUCUUCAGUUAUCAAAAGAUACUUUGACAGCCACAUACUCAACUUGUUCAUCCUUCUUUAAUGGGGGAGAAACUAGAAAGGACUUUGGAAAUGAUAGGGCAUCUCACUCGAAGAUAUCAAGUAGAAAUUCAUUCAAUGGAAGAAGAUGGACCAAUAUUCUGCUUGCUGUUAAUGUCUUAAUUUUCAUUGCACAAACUGCAACACAGGGGCAGCUACUAUUAUGGGGAGCUAAGAUAAAUAGUCUCAUUGACAAAGGACAAUUCUGGAGGCUGGUCACUUCUUCAUUUUUGCAUGCUAACAUUGGGCACCUAAUGGUUAACUGUUAUUCUCUGAAUUCACUUGGUCCUAGCGCGGAGAACAUCAGCGGUCCUAGGAGAUUCCUUGCAGUUUACUUUGCCUCAGCAAUUUCAAGUUCUGUGAUGAGUUAUUGGUUCUGCAAAGCGCCUGCAGUUGGCGCGUCAGGAGCAAUCUUUGGAUUAUGUUUGAUUCAGGUUGGAGCAGUUGCUGUAUUUGCCACAAGGCAUAGACAACUGGUUGGACGUGGCAAAGAAGAUCUGCAACACAUAGCACAGGUUAUUGUUCUGAAUAUGGUUAUUGGGCUAUUUUCCAAAGGCAUUGAUAACUGGGGACAUUUAGGAGGCUUUCUUGGUGGAGCUGCUGCAUCAUGGCUUCUUGGUCCUUCAUGGAAGUAUGAGUCCAUGUCAAGUGAUGGUCGAAGAAUUUUUGCUGACAGAGCGCCGAUAUUCUACCUCAUCAAGAAGAAAAGGGAACAAAAGUGAUUCUGUAUUGAUUUUUAGGCAAAGCAAACUCUUAUUGCUUGUAGUGAAAUUCGUAUAAAAAUUAUCAUGCUGGGAAAAGGUGCAUUUCUGAUUGCUUAUUCUUUGUCAAAAAUGAGAUUUAUAAGUUGUUCCCUCCUAGCUGCUGGAUAUGUUCUUAUAUUAGCUAGUAUUCUUUCAAGAUUGUCUGAUAUAUGUAGCACAGCUGCACAGUAUCUAUAUAAGGCGGUAGAGAUGUUGUUUAGAGAUA